AUGUCGACCCUCCAUGGCCCCCCCGCGGUGGACACACAGGCUCCUGGCCAUGCAGACACCUCGGUCACCAAGGAAGGCUUCAAAAUCACUACGCGCAAAUUACCUAUUCUCAAAUCUGCUCCCAUAGAGGACAUGACGAAGAGGCUGGGCAUCACACCACCCGAGAUGAUCUUUGGCGACAACUUUGUACGGAUCGAGCAUGCGCAGAGCGGGUGGUAUGUUGACUUCAACGCCUUCGAUGCAUUAGACCUGGUCGACAAAACUGGUGACAAUAUGUUCAAAGUCUCCUACUCGAAAGAAUGGCAGCAAAAUCGUCAAAAGCAAUUCGAGGAUAUCAAAGAAGUUGUCAAACCCUUCGACUGGUCCUAUAGCACAGACUACAAAGGCACCACGCCAGCAACCCCGGCCUUCCAGCCCACAGACUCGCCGAUACCCCUCGCCCUCCUGAAGCGACCUGAUCCCAUCCACUUCUUCGACGAAGUCAUGCUCUACGAAGAUGAGCUUGCAGACAAUGGCAUUGCGAUGCUGUCCUGCAAGAUACGUGUCAUGCCGCAGCGACUGCUCCUCCUAGUUCGCUUCUUCAUGAGACUUGAUGAUGUCGUCUUCAGAAUACGUGACACAAGAAUAUUCGUGGAGUUUGGAACAGGUCAGGUUAUCAGAGAGUACACGGCGAGGGAAGACGCAUAUGAAGAGGUCAGGAAAAGAAUAGCUGGCCGGAAAGAAGAUGUGCUUGCGACAAUGCGAGAUCCGAAUCGCCUGCAAGAGUACAUACCCGUGGUUGACAACAGCCUGGAAGGCGUUCAACUAAGGUGA